GUAUCAAUCAGGAAACACAUUUUGUAGUCAUUUUGUGAAAAAAAAUCAGCUUUUCAUUCGGUGUGCCAAAAAAUGUCCUACUGCGCUCGCAAGGGACCACUGCAGGCGUCCAAACUUGGGAAGUGGGCCUAUAAUUUCGCCGGAUUCAACCAGUACGGGCUGCAUCGGGACGAUUGCCUCAGUGAACAUGAUCCGGAUGUCCGGGAAGCUGUUCGCCGGUUGCCCCAACAUCUGAAAGACGAUCGCAACUUCCGGUUCACGAGGGCUCUGCAUCUUUCGAUGACCCAUACGGUGCUCCCGAAGGAUCAAUGGACCAAGUACGAGGAGGACUACAAGUAUCUGGAACCCUAUCUGGAGGAGGUGCGAAAGGAACGGGAAGAGAAAAUCAGCUGGAUGUCGAGAUACUGAAUGUCGAAUUGUGUGGCAUAAAUUGAAGUGGAAUAAUAAACGGAAUUUGUGUUUAGAAA